UUUUUUUUUAUCUGGGUAGCGAAGGUCUCCCCAUCCCGUCUUCAUCCGCCUCGCCGCCGUUUAAUUUAAUACGGUGCUUGCGUGCCUACGCUUCCUCCUCUCGGUGCGUGCCGAUAAGUCAGAUGAAAGAAAAUGGGGACGCCGUGUUGCAGCCCCUGCGCAUCUCGCCUGUUUCCACCCCACUUUUGGCGGUUUGCUUGUUAAUCCGCGUCUGCCCGUUUCUGGGUUCCCGGUUUCUUGCCCUGAUCUGAAUCGGGUUCUCGUUUGCGUAGUCGGGUUCUUGGGUAUUCAAGAUUUCUGCCUUCCAGCUUCUUGAUUUCCGAUGUUUUGUUCUCUGGGUUGUUUUGGGUCGAUUGUGUUGUUAUCUGCGGUGAUGACGGUGGUUUUCUUGUCCCAGUUGCAUGUUAUUCUCAGUGAGUCCUGGAAUUAGUUGGACUGGGUAUGGUUUGUGGUCGUCGUUUUGACGUGGUGUCAAGUUGAGCUUGGCGAUUUGUUUAAUCCAGUGGCCGAUAUGGCCGGAUUCUUCAUUUGGUCCUAGGUGUUUUGAUGGACAGCAUACGUCAAUGUCGGGUUCCUUGAACUGAAUUGUAGCUUGAUGACUCGAUGUUUGUAUAGGAGGAUCUAAGCCAUAGGGGGCAGAUGACUUGGAUUUGAGUAAAUGGGACAGAAUGUACUAGCAUACUGCUAUAUGACUUGAGAUUUAUUCUGCAAUCAAACACUCGACAUUUAGGAAGAGCAAAACCACUUUACUAAUCUGAGGGGAUGGUCGAGGUUCACGUUGUUUUAUUUACUAUAACACUGGCAGUUCCUCUGUGAGUGUUAUCAGUAGGCUAGUUGCCUUAUGCUUUUGAUGUUGUUGAGAUUCUUGAGAACUUUCAUAAUUGAAAGUUUUAUGUUCUUGAAGAUGCCUGUUCCCAAUAAAUGUCGCUUUUUGAAGUUCCAAAGGAUAUUAAAUUUGUUAAGCAGACAAACCUUAAGAUUCAGCACAACUACGAAAUACAAACUGAGAAAGUUUGACAAGCGUAGUUUCAUUAUAUGCCCACGAUGCCUUCUUGUAUGGAAAAUAUCCUUUUGUAGGAUCUUUUCACAGUAGGUGGUUCCAUUUUGCAGAAGCUUCUUAAAGUAAGGAAAUUGUUUGACUCAUGUUUAUAAGUGGCAGUGGAAUUGGUAAAGGUACAUGUCAGAAGGAAAGAAGCUUGACCAUUUAAAAUGAGAAUGACUAUUCUUAACCAAUGGAACUGAAGUGGAUAGGUCAAAUUCUUCUUUCACUAUCUCUUUGGGUGAAAAAUAGCAUUCUUCCAGAGGAAUUUGAAAUCAACGUUGUACCAUUUCUGGUAUUUAGUGUUUGGUAUGUCUAGACUGCUUUUCAUUAAUCUAUGGUUUGUUUUAGCUGAGCUUUUGUGGUAAUGCAACUUCGACGAGAAUUGGCUGUUCGUGCAUUGUGUGUUUUAUGGUGAAGUAGUCUCUUAUUUCGCUUCAAGAAUGUUCUGUGAGGUCCUUUAAAUCCCUUAGACUUCUUAGAUUGGUGAUUUGCCCUAGACAGAUGGGAAUGCUGAUUUACAUUUUCUUUUUUGGGCCAGAAGACUCUUUAAUACUCGUGAAAGCAAUAUGGAGCAUUUCAUCUGACCUCGGCUCAACUAUUCUUGUUGUUUAGGGCUGUAUUAUCAAAUGACUCUGGUGGAUGGUAGGUGAAGAGUUUAUAACCCACAAACCCUACCCGUCCUACAGCAGCCAACAUUCUCCUUACUCUAUCUCCGGAGUAGUCAAAAGCAACUUGUCCAUUACUUUGGAUCAUAAACUUCUCCUAAGAUCUGGCCUUUUACAAGCUCAAUAAUUUAUGGGCUGAGGUGCACUUUUCAUGGGAGGUGUUGAGGAUGAGAGUGAACCAGCCUCAAAACGCAUGAAGUUAUCAUCCAGAGUUUUGAGAGGUCUUGCAAACGGUUCAUCUCGUACAGAGCCUGCAGCUGGCUCUUCACUAGGUUUAAUGGCUCGGCCCCUACCAAUUGAAGGGGACGAAGAAGUUAUUGGUUCAAAGGGUGUGAUCAAAAGAGUUGAAUUUGUACGACUUAUAGCGAAGGCAUUAUAUUCCCUCGGUUAUGAAAAAAGUGGUGCUCGCUUGGAGGAAGAGUCUGGGAUACCGUUGCAGUCCUCUGUGGUAAAUUUGUUCAUGCAACAGAUAUCUGAUGGGCUUUGGGAUGAAAGCGUGGUGACGUUGCAUAAAAUUGGUCUCUCUGAUGAAAAUUUAGUAAAGUCAGCCUCUUUCUUGAUAUUGGAGCAGAAAUUCUUAGAACUUCUGGAUCAGGAAAAAGCUAUGGAUGCUCUGAAGACGUUAAGGACAGAGAUCACACCUCUUUGCAUAAAAAAUAGUAGGGUACGUGAGCUCUCGUUGUGCAUCAUCUCUCCAUCAUCAUGUGGGCUUCUUAACCAGAAUAAAAGAAAUAGUACAAGAGCAAGGUCCCGUUCAGAGCUUCUGGAGGAAUUGCAAAAAUUACUUCCUCCAGCAGUUAUUAUUCCAGAAAGAAGGUUGGAACAUCUGGUGGAGCAGGCCCUUGUCCUGCAAACAGAUGCAUGUAUGCUUCAUAACUCUAUAGAUAUGGAAAUGUCACUGUACACUGAUCAUCAAUGUGGUAAAGAACACAUCCCCUGUCGAACUUUGCAGAUUUUACAAUCACAUAAUGAUGAAGUUUGGCUUGUGCAAUUUUCACAUAAUGGGAAAUAUUUAGCUUCUGCAUCCAAUGAUCGAUCAGCAAUCAUUUGGGAGGUUGAUGAGAAUGGCAGCGUCUCAUUGAAGCAUAAAUUGACUGGUCACCAGAAGCCGAUUUCUUCUGUCUGUUGGAGUCCAGAUGACCGACAGCUUCUCACUUGUGGGGUUGGGGAGACAGUGAGGCGCUGGGAUGUCUCUUCUGGUGAAUGCCUUCGUGUUUAUGAGAAAGUUGGCCAUGGCCUCAUUUCAUGUGCGUGGUUUCCAGAUGGAAAAUGGAUAUGUUAUGGUGUUAGUGAUCGGAGCAUAUGCAUGUGCGACUUGGAGGGGAAAGAGAUUGAAUGCUGGAAAGGGCAGAGAACUCUUAGUAUUUCUGAUUUGGAAAUUACUAGCGAUGGAAAGCAGAUCAUAAGUAUAUGUAGAGAAACUGCAAUACUUUUACUUGACCGGGAAGCAAAAUAUGAAAGAAUGAUAGAAGAAAAUCAAACGAUAACUUCUUUCUCAUUGUCAAAGGAUAAUAGAUACUUGCUUGUUAAUCUCUUGAAUCAAGAGAUCCAUCUUUGGGAUAUAAAAGGGGAUUUCAGGCUGGUUGCAAAGUACAAAGGUCUUAAGCGCAGUCGGUUUGUAAUCAGGUCUUGUUUCGGUGGACUCAAACAGGCCUUUGUUGCCAGUGGUAGUGAAGACUCACAGGUUUACAUUUGGCACAAAGGCUCAGGUGAGCUGAUCGAGCCAUUGCCAGGUCACUCAGGAGCUGUGAAUUGCGUGAGCUGGAACCCAGCAAACCACCACAUGUUGGCAUCGGCCAGUGACGACCGUACCAUCCGGAUAUGGGGCUUGAAUGAGCUAAACACGAGGCACAAGGGUGCACGCCCCAAUGGUGUCCACUACUGUAAUGGCAAUGGCACCAGCUGAAGAAGAAGAAGAAAGAUGCAUGGCUCUAGCUGAGAGCCCUGAUGCUGCUUUGUUAGCCAUUGCUUUGGUGUAAAUACGUAUGUUCAUCUAAAAAGCAGACACAUUCAUGUCAGACCAAGCAUGUGAAUCUUCAGCAAACUUACUGGUAAUAAAUUUUUACUAUUUCAUCAUAACUUGUGGGCAUCUGGUGAAUAGAGCAUCGAUCUCUCAGGCUAUGCUCUGAUCAGACACUUUAUAAUCCAUUCCUUGAUUUUGUUUCCAUAUCAGAUUAACAUGCUA